CUUGUAGCGGUCGGUCGCUGCUGGUUGCGCGCUGUGGCGUCUAGCAACAGGAAUUUGGGGAGUGGAAAUUCCGCUGUUACUUUCACGGCUCGCCUCGUAUUUCUGACAUUUCUGCUGUGACGGUCAGUCAGUCGCUGCGAACAGAGAGAGGCGGAGAAAGAGCUGAACUGAAAUAAGGAGUAAAGGAUUUGGAGAGCAGCGCUCCGAUGUUCCUUGCGGUCGGUUUUCACUGAAUGCCGGUUAACUACUGAUUUCUCGUUUUUAAAAAAAUUCCACUUGGAAGUAUCGCUCCUGCUUGGUAUCAGAAGUGAGAGGUUUGAUAAAGGGUCGAGGGCGCACUGCCACUUUUUUCGAACGGAUUUUUCCUUUUUGAUUCUUCGUCUUAUUUUCUGCGUUUGGAUUAUUUUUUCCAGGAGAUGGCAAGUUGUUCCCUGACAGACGCAGGGAUCUGGUGCUGAAGCUCGCAGGAUGCUGUGGACCCUACAACAACCAGAUAUCUUACUUUGAGACAAUUUUUGGUUGUUUUUCUCUUUUGGACGUAGCCACCCCUGGACGUUUCUCCCCUUGCGUUUGUCUUUAUUUUCUUUUACAGAAUGUCUGCGUUGUACAAUCUAAGGAUGCGUAGUGGAUUGCUAUUGUUCCUUUUCACCCAAGUCUUCUUGGUUGCUUCGUUGACUCAGACUGAUAAAUGCGGGGGGAAUAUAGAGAUUCACACCGCGGACUACCUGACCUCCCCGGGCUAUCCCGGCGCCUACCCGCCCUCCCAGCAGUGCGUGUGGGUGAUAACAGCCCCUGAGCCUGGUCAGAAGAUCCUCAUCAACUUCAAUCCUCAUUUUGAUCUGGAGGACAGAGACUGCAAGUACGACUACGUGGAGGUUUACAACGGCGGGGAUGAGCUUUCACCCAUGUUGGGAAAAUUUUGCGGGAAGAUCGCACCCUCUCCGAUCAUCUCCAGCGGCAGCCAGCUCCUCAUUAAGUUUGUCUCUGACUAUGAGACACAUGGUGCGGGAUUCUCUGUUCGCUACGAGGUCUUCAAGACAGGUCCAGAAUGUUCCAGGAACUUUACAGCUCCCAGAGGCGUCAUCAAGACACCGGGCUUCCCUGAGAAAUACCCCAACAACCUGGACUGCACCUUCAUGAUCUUCGCCCCCAAGAUGUCUGAGAUCAUGGUGGAGUUCGACAGCUUCGACAUGGAGCCCGACACCACGCCGCCGCCGGGCGCCCUCUGCCGAUACGACUGGCUGGAGAUCUGGGACGGCUUCCCUGCAGUGGGUCCCCACAUUGGCCGGUACUGUGGCCAGACGUCCCCGGGCCGUGUGAUCUCCUACACCGGCAUCCUGUCCAUGACCAUCACCACUGACAACGCCAUCGCCAGAGAGGGAUUCUCCGCCAACUACACCAUCCGCGAGAGGAGCCUCCCCCCGGGACACGAAGAUGAAGAUUUUGCUUGUAUGGAGCCACUGGGCAUGGAGUCGGGGGAGAUUUCCUCAGAGCAGAUCAGAGCCUCCUCCCAGUAUAACUCCAACUGGUCCCCCGAACGCUCACGUCUCAACUACCGGGAGAACGGCUGGACCCCCUCAGAUGACACCGUCAGGGAGUGGAUACAGGUGGAUUUGGGAUUUCUCCGAUUUGUUACAGCCAUCGGGACGCAGGGAGCGAUCUCAAAAGAGACCAAGAAGCACUACUAUGUUCGCUCAUACAAAGUGGACCUGAGCUCCACCGGAGAGGACUGGGUCACCGUGAAGGAGGGCUCAAAGCAGAAGAUCUUCCAGGGGAACCAUAACCCGACGGACGAGGUUCACGCCUUCCUCCCCAAACAGACUCUGGCUCGCUACAUUCGCAUCCGCCCCAUGUCCUGGGAGCAAGGCAUCUGUAUGCGCUUUGAGAUCUACGGCUGCAGAACAUCAGACUACCCAUGUUCAGGGAUGCUGGGGAUGGUGUCAGGUCAGAUCUCAGAUGCUCAGAUCAGCGCCUCGUCAUACGCUGACCGGGGCUGGGUGGCUGAAAACGCCCGCUUAUUGACGGGGAGAUCGGGCUGGACCGGGCAGCAAACCAAGCAGCCCUUCAGAAAUGAGUGGCUACAGGUGGAUCUGGGCCAGGACAAGAUGGUGAGUGGCGUGGUGAUCCAGGGAGGGAAACACCGCGACAGGAACGUCUUCAUGAAGAGGUUUAGGGUGGGCCACAGCCUGGACGGAGAGGACUGGAUCAUUGUCAAGGAGGAUAACACCACCAAGCCCAAGAUAUUCACUGGGAAUCAGAACCAUGACACCCCAGAGCUGAGGUCACUGGGUCCCCUCCUGACCCGCUUUGUCAGGAUCUACCCAGAGAGAGCCACCAACGAGGGCCUGGGCCUCCGACUGGAGCUGCUGGGCUGCGAACUAGACGACAUUACAACUACAGCACCUCCCACCACGCCCAUUGCCUCUACACUUCCUAUGACCACGUUUGGAGCGACCACCACAGCGCCGAUCACCAUCCCCGGCACGACCCUGGCUCCAGACUGUGAGGAAGGACUACAGGACUGUGCCGGUGAGACCGAGGCACUCGAUGACUACUACACAGUGUCGGCAGGAGGCCCCACAGCGGCCGACCCCAUCAUCGACUUACCAGCGUACGUGUGGUUCGCCUGUAACUUUGACUUCUCGUCGCUCUGCGGCUGGACCAGAGAGGCCGGGACGGGGGCUGAGUGGCUCACCCAGACCAACGGGGCUCCUGCCGUCCACAGAGGACCGAUCCUCGACCACACAGGCAGACCAGGGAACUUCAUCUACAUGCAGCUGAGUGAUACAGACACACCAAGUAAAAUCGGCGAAGAUGAUGAUGAAGAGGAGAAGGUGGCGAGCUUGGUCAGCCUGCCCAUCACCGCACCAGACGCCGACCUGUGCAUGUCCUUCUGGUAUCACAUGUUCGGUGAACACGCGGGAGCGCUUCACAUCAAGCAGAGGAAGGAGGCGGAGGGGGGGCACGUCCUGUGGACGGUCAGCGGUCACCAGGGCAGCCGGUGGAGGGAGGGACGGGUUUUACUGUCACACUCGAGUGUCUCAUAUCAGGUGGUUGUGGAGGGCGUCGCAGACAGACGCAGUGCAGGUCACAUAGCUGUGGACAACAUCCAGAUCAUUGAUGGACUCGAUGCUGAGGACUGCAAGGAUCCAGAAGCUCCUACGUCUCCGCCAACUGAGAUCUUCAUCCUACCGAUGGACUCCCUCUCACAGGAGACCAGUGAGCUCGGCGGCCCGGGCAACAUGCUGAAGACCCUGGACCCCAUCCUCAUCACCAUCAUCGCCAUGUCAGCCCUGGGCGUAUUCCUGGGUGCCAUUUGCGGCGUCGUCCUGUACUGCGCCUGCUCGCAGGGCAGCAUGACGGACAGGAACUUAUCUGCCCUGGAAAACUAUAACUUUGAGCUGGUGGACGGCGUGAAGCUAAAGAAGGACAAGAUGAACGGACAGACUAACUAUUCAGAGGCGUGAGGGGAAAAGAGAGACGGAGCUGCGAUUGCUCCGCAUGGACACGUGAUACAGCCAAUCAAGUGGGAGGAACACAGGGCUGAAGCCACCAAUGGGACGGCAGGGUGGGCUGAAAGUGAGCCAAUGUAAUUUUUUUUCUCAGGAGCGGCAGUGGAAGGGACUGACCUGUAGGGGGCACUGUGUAUAAAGAAUCUGUACAGCAAAAAAAAAGAAGAAAAUUAAGGAUUCUAUUUGUUUUUCGGCGUGUUUCGUUAAUUUCAUGUAAUCACAUGCUGGUGUUGAGACCAAUUCAGAUGACAGUAUCGUUUGUGUGUACUUUUAAUCGAAAGAUAAGAUUUUAUUUUUUGUUUGUUUGUUUUGUUGCUUUUCUUUUUUCAGAUGUCAUAGUUUCACAAAAGAGCGGAAUAUGUGAAAAUAUGCUAUUCUAAUAUCUGGCUCUUUAGCUGGCCGUGUGUGUGUGUGUGUGUGUGUGUGUGUGUGUGUGUGUCACAUUCAUAUACAUCUGCACUUAAGGUGUGUAUGUGUCUAGCUGUAAGCGUGUAUGUGUGUCUUACACUUAUGUUUAUCUGUAUACAUGAAGUGCAAGCAUCUUUCUUUCUUUGUGUGCAUGUCUGUGUACGUGUUUGUGUGUGUGUGUGUGUGUGUGUGUGUGUGUGUGUGUGUACUUGUGUGUGUGUGUGUUUGUGUGUCACAUUCAUAUACAUCUGCAUUUAAGGUGUGUAUGUGUCUAGCUGUAAGCGUGUAUGUGUGUCUUACACUUAUGUUUAUCUGUAUACAUGAAGUGCAAGCAUCUUUCUUUCUUUGUGUGCGUGUGCGUGUUUGUGUGUGUGUGUGUGUGUGUGUGUGUGUGUGUGUGUGUGUGUGUGUGUGUGUGUGUGUGGCGGGUACCAUCGUGACCUGUGUCUAGUUCCGACAGUGCCUUUUUUUUUUUCCUCCAGUUUUUCUGUUGCCUUGUUUUCUGCUCUGUGUUUUUCUCAUCGGCUGGCGUUCCGUCCAGGGUUCCUACACAGAUGUGUGGAAAAUUAAAUUUUGUAGAUUGUGAUUAUACAACUACAUAUUUUUAGUGUUGUAGUGUACUGUCAAUAUCACGUGUUGAUGUAGAUCUGAAGAUCUUCUGGCCUUGAUUACAGUCGUACUGACACCGAUUAAAAUGUUAAAAAUCCAAGUUAAGCAGUUAACAUUUAGGUUUUGGAAAGCUUUGGAAAAACUAUGGAAUUUCAGAAUGGAAAAUGUAUAGGAGCCCUGAAUGCCUCGUUUUCAUGGCACAUGACACAUCCAACAUACUGUACAUAGGUUUUAAUAUAUUUGAGCGCCCUUUUCUAUAGAAAAAGACACCAGUGCCGCAGUAUCCUUUCUAUGUUGGAAUCAAACUCGCCCUAAUCUCCAAAAUUCAGAAAAUGUACAGAAAAUAUUAAUUUCAACAAAACCUGUUGUUUGUGUUUCUUUUACAAAUAUGAUCUGGUUGCCAUUUUGUGAAUUUUGUCGGUGGUUGGUUUCUUUUUGUGCUCUGGGAACAGGAAGGUUUUUACAACGAUGGGAAUGGCUUUGAGAUUAUGGAGAAAUGCCUCACGGGAAGUGAUGUUUUUGUACAGGGUAAAACGGACAACCUCAGUACCACUAAGAUGAUGACAGCACAUCAAAGAUGGAUCAUCGGGAUUGAAAUAUUUUAUAUUACUGCUAACGGCUAACGUUUCUCACUGGCACACAAAAUGACUGUUAAACCUUUAACCAGAAGUGUGUCCAGCAGUCUGGAAGCCAUCAGAAAGACUUGAAGUGUCUCUUCGGGUCCAUCAGCAUCUUCAGCAUCACUGAGUUGACAAGAUGUGGAGGCUCUGAAUGCUGGCUGUCUUGAUUGAAAAACCAAGAAUCAAUAUUUGCCGUGACAAUGCUGUACUCUCCGUCAGUGUUUUCCUGUGUUGACUAUCAGAGGAGAAAUCUUUGAAGGAUCUUUAAUGGAGCAAAAGGAUGUUUAACGACCCCAACAGGUGACUUCACAUGUCUAAGUGUCCUGGAAAUAACACACACAAUUAAGUCGCAUUUUCAUAACAAAAAUGAGUUUACUAGCUAAUUAGAGCAGCAACCCAACAGAAAUGCCUUGUAAAACAACAGGGCUCAUUAUUUUCAUUUUUUUAUUCUGACCUCUAAAUUGGAUUUUUUUUUUAAAAAAGGUAAUUUGCAGUGAAAGCACUCUGUCUUUGUUUUUUGUAUGUUUUUUUGCUUUUUUGUGUGGGAUUCUGCUGCAUUUUAGCCCCAUUUUACUCAUUACUCUCUAUUGACAGGAGCAUUUUCUUAGCUAUCAACAUUGCAAAAGGGCAUUAUUUCCUGUAAUCUACAGUGAUCAAUGCCCUCUUAACAAUUUAAGGGUCUGUGAGGACAUAAAAUCCUGAAUGAAAAUCAAUUUAAACUGAUUCCUUUUAAAAAAAAUCUGGGUAUUUUUCAAUGAAAAAUGAGUUUAAAACUUAAAAUGACGAGCCUUAUAAAUACAUACUUUGUUGUGUUUUAGGUUUUGUAGCUAAAUGUGUUGUGAUACUGGUCACUUGUUCAUAGCACUGUAUAGGUAGGAGGAUUGAGUCUUGAAAGACAGACAUUUCACCACUCACUAACUUAUUGGUAUCAGUGAACAACCUUGUCAACCUCCAACAGAUGUUUUGUGUUCACUCUGUGAUAAAAUACAGCACAAUUACUGAAUGUCCAUUUAUGCUUGGCAAAACUGACAGAUACUAUACUUACAAAGAUUAAAAAGCCAUUAAGCAGGUAUGAUAGUUGACAUAUUGCCACUGGCAACUGGGAGAACAACAUUUGUCCCAGUGUGGUUCUGCUGCACUGCACUGUGGAAGUUAAAUCUGCCCAUUUUUAAUGUAGCAUUAUGUGGCAUCGUGUGAGCUCAAAAUGUGAAGUGAGACUGUUCGUCAGUAGUCAGUAUAGCAUCAAUUCUCAAUUCUUUCCUUUUAAGAUGAGGCUUUAGAGACACUCUUUAAGUUUUUCAGUUUUUGUUGUAAAGGAAAUCCACCUCCUCAAUUGGUUCAGUUUAAAUCAAAUCAUUGUCUGGAUUCAGUUACAAGUGAGAGGACGUUUCCAAUCAAAUUAAGGUGCUCUGACUGUUGAGAUGUUCAUUAUUUGCUCUUGAAAAUCACACUGGUUCAAUCGUUUUUGUUUUCUUAGCAAAAUAUCAACUACAUAUGUUUACAGCAGAAGAACCAGACAAGAUUAUGGGUAUCAAAAUGUAAUUUCAGUCUGACAGAAUGUGUUUCUAAUGUUUCAGCCGGACAUCAAUAAAGCUCCUUCACCUUUAAACAAGAAAGGAUGCUGCAGCACUAGAUGUGAAAACAAAUGUUGCACUGAUAUAUUUAAAAAAAAAAUCUGUGUUUAUGAUGUUGAUUUAUGAAAAGAGAGAGAAGGAAGGCGAGGACAGUGUUAUUGUUGCUUCUUUUUUAACACAGUUUCAGAUGAGUACAAUUUACAGAGAUGUUUUUCAUUCUCGAAAAAGCUUAUAUGCAUCUCUUUGAAACGUAACUUUAAAUUUUAUUUACUUGGUAUAAUAUCACCUUGUGUUUUUGUCACUGAUGUACGUGCCAUUGUUUUAGUUUUCUUUCUUUGUAUGACAAGAAAAAAAGUUUUAUUUUCAAUACUGCUUCUGUAAUUUUUGCUGUCUCAGAUCCAGAAAAAAAAACAAGAAAGGAAAUAAGGAAGUAAAAAAAAUGGAAAAGCAGUGAGGCCUUAAGUGACUAAAAGUAUUGUUUGUACUUUGACUUUCUGGUCAGCACCCAGACUCAUCCGUCUCUGUUGUCUCAGACUCUGAUCAUUGACUAUUACAUUCCAAAGAAUUGGAUCAAAUAAAUGUUUUAAGUAAAA